CUACACGCUCUACUCUCAAGAUGAACGGUCGUCUCCUCAUCGCCCUGGCCCUCGGCGCCGCCCUCAUCGACUUCGCCCAGAGCAUCAUCCUCCUGGCUUCUGGCACCGCGGCUGCCACCACCGUCACCGUCAGCGCCGCAGGUCUGGCCGCCGGCGCCGCCGCCGUGGGUGCUCUGGCCGUGGGCGCUGCAGCAGCCGUGGCCCUGGCCAGCCGCGGAAAGCGCGAGGCUUCGUCGUGCCUUCCCUUCUCCAGCCCCGAGAUCUACUUCAGCAUGGCGGCCAACUCCGACUUCCUCGACUGCGGUCGCCGCUACGUCUGCGAGCUCGAAGCCACCGCCGACGACAAGCUCGCCCACGAGGAGCUCCUCAUCCGCAACCUCUUCGGACGCAGCUCAAGUGCCAUCAGCGGAGUCGCCGGAGGUUUCUUCGCUGACGCAGGCAAGGUCGGUGCCGUCAAUGGCACUGCCGCCUGCGCUCAGACCUUCAGCAGCUGUCCCUUCGACAGGAAGGACAUCUAUCAGGCAUUCAGGGAAAUCCAGAACACCGCCUGAGUCACUUCCUCUCCCAUGUUCUCACCACCGCAGCCAUAGACCCUAAGAGGACGGGGUAGUUUGCGUUGCGUGGAUUUCAUCUCGCCCUCAGUGCCAAGACCCAAGUGCCGGGUGUGGCACUGCAUCAUGAGAGAGUGUGUCAGUGGCAGCCACGACGUCUCAACGUUGUGCUGCAGCGUGUGUGUUUUCAGAAUCACUUUCAGUCACAUCAUUCUCCUUCUAUCAGUGUCAUCUCGUCUAAAGUCUCCACCAUACACACAGGAAACCAGGUUGUUUUCUUUGCUUUAACUAUAUGCAACUUAAUGUACUUUUGUGAUAUGAUUCAAUAGAAACUAAAGACCAGUGUCUUAAUACCAGGUUUGCUUCCACCCUCCUUCUUUGGCAGAAAAACACAAAUCCAUGAAAAUUUUCCCUUUUUCACUGUUAAUCGAUUACAAGUUGAUAGAGAAAGAGCAGUGAAAAUAUUCCUAUUAUAUUUUCUAACUUUUUGAAUACAAGAAAUGACUAUUUU